UUGGAUUGAAGUUUUGAUGGCUCAUAUAAAAAAUGGGUUGAUAAAGCCCGAUUCAUAUUUUCUUAAUCUACAAGGACUUGGACUGGGCUGAACCGGGUCAGCCCAUAUUGACAGCUCUACUCUCUCGUCUAAAAUGAUUCUGGAAGAGACCAUAGGGGUAUCGUAUGGCUGUAAGAUUCAAAAAUGGUCCUCCAAUUCCUUCCUUCAAGGCUUUGUUUACCGCUUAACGCUCCACAUUUCCACAUUCUUCCUUCAACGUCUGUGUCUUUGUCACGCCCAAACAGAAGAACGAUCCCAACCAUGUCUUUCCCUUCUUCUUCUUCUUCUUCGGCCUCACCAUCUGUGAAAGACCCCAAUAAGGAAGAAGAACAACAAGGAAAGGUAGCUCAAGCCCUCAAAUACCAUCAUCAAACGAAGCACAGUUUCACCAACUACGCGAGAGGACCACGUGGUCUGGAUUGGGCCAAUCAACCCAACCCCUUUCGCCGUUACAUUUCUGCACCGCUGAUUCCCCUCCUGCACUUUCCGGCAGAGAAACAAGCUAUAACUGAUGAUGCUCCCCUGUAUUCUUCUUUGUUCCAUUCUCUUCCUCCUCCUAAACCCAUCUCCCAAUCCACAAUCUCCCAACUGUUCUACGAUUCUCUGGCUCUUUCGGCUUGGAAAACCACCGGCUAUUCCACUUGGUCCCUUCGGGUCAAUCCCAGCAGCGGCAAUUUGCACCCCACCGAGGCUUAUCUCAUUUCUCCGCCAAUUCAGUCUCUCUCUGACUCGCCUUUCGUCGCACAUUAUGCUGCGAAAGAGCACUCUCUCGAGGUUCGAGCCACAAUCCCUUCUGGGUUUUUCCCCAAAUUCUUCCCGGAGAACUCGUUUCUCAUCGGAAUUUCUUCUAUUUUCUGGCGAGAAGCAUGGAAAUACGGAGAACGCGCGUUUCGGUACUGCAACCACGAUGUGGGUCAUGCGAUUGGAGCUGUUGCGAUGGCUGCGGCAACCCUUGGCUGGGACGUGAAGCUUCUAGAUGGGUUUGGAUAUGACGAUUUGCAGAAGCUAAUGGGGCUUGACAUUUUUCCAGAGUUCAAAGUUCCAUCAAGACCAAUCAAAGGGAAGUUUCCUGACAUUGAAUUCGAGCACCCGGAUUGUUUGCUUCUUGUUUUUCCAAAUGGGAGUAACCAAUUCCAUGUAAAUUAUAAGGAACUUAGUUCUGCAGUAAAGGAAUUCCUGAAUUUGGAGUGGAAAAGGAAGCCAAAUUCGCUUAGCAGAGAGCAUGUUUGUUGGGACAUAAUUUACAGGACUGCUGAGGCAGUUAAAAAGCCAUUAACCGUUCAAAGCGGAGAAUUUCCUGUGGAUCAAUUUCAAAGCAGUGGAAUUUGUAGUGAAAACUCUUACAAAGGUCUUACGGUGAGGGAAGUUGUUAGGAAAAGGAGGAGCGCGGUUGAUAUGGAUGGAGUAACUGUAAUGGAAAGAGAAACGUUCUAUCAGAUUUUGUUGCAUUGCGUUCCUUCAGGGAAUGGAGGGAAGCAUAGAAGGCAAUUAGCAUUGCCGUUUCGGGCUCUCUCUUGGGAUGCUGAGGUUCAUGCUGCUUUGUUUGUUCAUAGAGUGGUAGGUUUGCCCAAAGGAUUGUAUUUCUUGGUAAGGAAUGAAGAUCAUUUAGAGGAGCUUAAGAGGGCUACCAUGCCUGAGUUUAACUGGGAGAAACCAGCGGGAUGCCCUGAUGAUCUUCCUUUGUAUGAACUUGCCACUGCUAACUGCCAAGAGCUUGCCAAACGUCUAUCUUGCCAUCAGGACAUUGCUAGUGAUGGCUGCUUCAGCCUUGGGAUGGUGGCCCAUUUUGAACCUGCCUUAAGUGACAAGGGUGCAUGGAUGUAUCCUCGACUGUUUUGGGAGACUGGAGUUCUUGGCCAGGUCUUGUACCUCGAAGCACAUGCGGUUGGCAUAUCUGCAACCGGAAUUGGUUGCUUCUUCGAUGAUCCUGUGCACGAACUUCUUGGGUUUAGAGGAUCAAAGUUUCAGAGUCUAUAUCAUUUCACCAUCGGAGGCCCUGUGUUGGACAAGCGGAUUAUGAGCCUGCCUGCAUAUCCAGGCCCUGGCAUUGAUACAUGAUUGCAGUUUGCAGGGUCGUGUUUAUAUCAAGAUUACAGGUUACCACUCUACCCAGUAAAGAACGCAGGUGAUUCAAAGGAGAAGAGAAAUUUAGAUCAAGAGUGAGUAUAGUAAAAUUAUACACAAAGACAAGGAUGAUGCCAUUAAGGAUCACAGGUGCAUAUAAAAACGCAACACGUUCAGAUAGAUACAGGACUGUCCUUAAAGCUAUUGCUGCAUGUAAAUUCCACUUUUGUCUAAAUCCGAAUCUCACCAUAUGACAAAUUCGGAGUGUAUACGACUACAAAGAGAAACAAUGGAAGGAGUUGGGAAAACCACAGUGCUCUUCCCUUUGAUCAGCAAACUAAUAUUGUUUUUUUUUUUUUUUUGUAUAAAGCAAACUAGUAUUGUUGUAAUAAAAAAUUCAAGUUUUAAAAUAUUGCUUUUCUUUGCAAUGACAUACAAACAAAGAGAAUGAUCCAUGGCAUUGCA